UCAUGAAGAAUGUGGAUACGGAAAGGUUGUACAACUGCAGUGCUGUGGUGCUCAGGCAGGAUUUAUCAACGGUGCGUGAACUGAACAGAAGUGAUCUUUUGAACGCUCUUGAGGAAGCGCUUUCCGGUUCCAUAGUGAGGGAACAGCUUCGCGACAAGUUGUCCGUCUGUCUGUUUCCUGGUCAGCCAAAACCCUACGAUUUACCAUGGUGGGAAAAACUCUCUUGGGCUCUCGUAUUCACGGCUAUGCUGCUAGUAGCUAUCGGCGGAAAUGCGAUCGUCAUGUGGAUAGUUCUUGCCCACAGACGAAUGAGGACAGUGACGAACUACUUCCUGGUCAACCUCUCAGUUUCCGACCUGAUGAUGUCGCUGCUCAACUGCGUCUUCAACUUCAUCUUCAUGCUGAAUUCGGACUGGCCAUUCGGCGCUGUUUACUGCACCGUCAAUAAUUUCGUGGCGAACGUGACGGUAGCCUCAAGCGUCUUUACUCUGGUCGCCAUCUCGUUCGAUCGUUACAUGGCGAUCGUCCGGCCUCUUCAACACCGCAUGUCUCGGAGACGAGCGCUUCUUGCUGUUGCGAUGAUCUGGUUCGCUUCCGCCCUACUCGGACUCCCCUGUCUUCUCUAUUCCACGACCAUGACCAGAAGUUAUUCGAAUGGACAGGUCAGGAUUGUUUGCUACAUGAUGUGGCCGGAUGGUCGGUAUCCACACAGCAUGACUGAGUACAUCUACAACCUGGUGUUCCUCGGAGUGACGUACCUCGUUCCAGUCACGGUAAUGGCCGUGUGUUAUACCCUGAUGGGCUUGGAGCUGUGGGGAUCAAAAUCCAUCGGCGAACAUACCCAGCGUCAAAAGGAAUCGACGAAAUCGAAGCGGAAGGUAGUAAGGAUGUUCAUAAUCGUGGUUACGAUUUUUGCUGUGUGCUGGCUACCUUAUCACGGCUUCUUCAUAUUUGCUUAUCAUCAUCGAUCGUUCACCAAUAGCAACUACGUCCAGCACGUCUAUUUGGCAUUCUACUGGCUGGCGAUGUCCAACGCUAUGGUCAAUCCGAUUAUUUACUACUGGAUGAACAACAGGUUUCGCGUUUACAUUCAGAAGAUUAUUUGCUGCUGUCUCCUCACAAGGUCUCAGUCCCAGAGUCGACAACUUGAUCUUCUAGCUGAACUUCCUCAUUCGGAUUUAGCGCGAUCCAGAUCCGGUAAGGCUGAUAGAACGAUUGAAGUAUACGUCAAUUCAGUGGCGACAGAGUACAACGGAGAGUCGAGUAAGGGUGCCAAAGUUGACGAGCCAAUUAAUCUGCGAAGAAAUACAUCGGAACGGAAGUAGCGCCAGGGUUUCUUCGAAGAUUAAACCGCAUACCUGAAAGCGAUCCAAUACCUGCAGGAUCGAAAUAGUGUGACAAGUUUUCUCCAAAUUACAUUCCACGUUUCAUUAUG